GAGGCACAACCUGGCACAUCGUCCCAGGCCUCCCAAAGCCUCCCAAGCUGUCCCAACCUCCGGAAAUACGAAUUACAUGCGUAUAAUACUCAAACUAGUACGAACUAAUUAUAUUCUAUCUCGACACAGCUACGUCGAUGAACCUCGCAGAGCUUGUAAAAUGAAAUGUCGAUUUUCGGGGGGAAAGCGUUGAAUCUGAUGCUGCUUCGGUGAAGCGGCUUCAAUUACCGAAAAUCACGUUGUAACCCCGCGUUCUAUAAUUCUUCACUCUCUUACUCUUACUCCAUGACCGCCUCGUUGGCGCAUUACGAGUCCUUCCUUCUCAAGAAUGUUUCUACUAUAUCGACCUUGGAAUCUUCACUGAGAACGUUAACUUGGCUCCUUCCUGGUCGUUUCAAAGAUGCCGAACUGGCGUCCGAAGCUUUGUCUGCCUCUUUGAACAUGAUGAGCAUGUAUCAUGACACCCUACUUGCGCGGAUGGUGCAGUCUGAUCCAAAAUACCGACCUCUUAUACCAUUCUCGUUACAUACACGGUUCACGAGAGCCUGGGCAGACAAGAAUUCGCGGUAUAAAUGGGCCGCACGUCUGCUCGAAACAAUUCGUUUCACCGAACUGUUUAUCGAAAUGGGCCUUCGACGAAAAGUAUCAGCGAAGAAUAGAUACAGAGGUAUCAUAAUUCUGGAAAUAAUCAAGGCAAUCCUUCGUCUCAUGCUUCUACGCAUAACCCGGAGACCGGUUAUAUCCCCGCCUAUCCCGGAGCGCGAUAUAGAUCCUACUACAUUACCUCCUUCCACCGAAAGCUCUCCUACACUUGCUUCUUCUUCACUACCAUCCUCCUUGCCUGAUACCCCGGAACACCUCAAAAACAACCGCAUUCCUUUACCGCAACACUCGACGACGGCUAUCCCGCCCCCUCCUCGUUCAGAUGUAUCUAUUCAAGAAUAUCUUCUUCCGAAAGCCCUAACAACCACUUCCGUGAAACCGCCAUUAUCCCUUGUGCGGUCCUUCUCAUCUCCGCAGGAAUGGAUAUCUGAAGUCAUAUACAUACUGCGUCCCUUAGUCUAUGCCACGAUGUUAUUCUCUGACCGCAAGUCUAACCGCCCUCUCAUCACUGUUCUGGCCAUGGAAUUCGUUUCGCGAAGCUUGCGUCGGAAUGUACCGCCUUCCGCCAGCCUCGAGCGUUCCGAGUAUGCAAAGAGAGAUCGGGAUAUACUCUGGUAUCUCUUCCGCGGUACCAUAUGGGAGUCUUAUACUCGACCCAAGAUAGCAUCCCUCGCUGAAAACCUCUCUACUACUCCAAUCGUAGGGUUGUUCGGAACUUUGAUUCAAGACUGGAUACCUUUGAUUGACGAAUACCACUAUUACACUGCUCCUUGAAUAGGCUUGUGCUUCGCGCGAGAAAUUUAUGUUUUAUCUAUCCCAUGUAUUCAUACGACAAUAGCUGCGAUAAUAUUAUACAUGUGAUCAUCACUUGCCAGGCAGUUCUGC